UGGCGGAUCCUCGCGCUCGGUCUGCAGUCAGUCUGAUGCGCUGCGCAGUAACCCAGCAGAACCACCUGUGCAGCUCCCAGGACCCGUUAAGCUCCGGUGAUGCUCCUCUCCUCCGGUGGGAAUGUGUGAAUGAGGACGAGCAACCCCGCUUUUAUGUGAUUGUAGCUAUCGCAGCAUGGACUGAUUGUAUUAUCCACCAUGGGAUUAUUGAAGCUGCUUGUUGGAUUAUUCUGCGCGGCAGCAGUCGCUGCGUUCGGAGUGGAUCCGGCGGUUCGGAUCAGCGUUUUCCAAGAGUUCAGUCCUGCAGAAGGGUUCUCCGGCGUGACACAGGUGCAAGGUUUCCACGAUGACACGAGAGCGUUCCUCUUCAAAGGCUCGUCCCGGAGCGUGAGGGUCCCAGACGACGCAGCGGGCCGCAUGCUGCAGAAACUCAGAGGAAAGAGCGAGUUCACCAUCGCACUGACGCUCAAACAGGAGAAACUCAACUCUGGGGUCAUACUGUCCAUUCAUCAUGGAGAACAGAGGCUGCUGGAGCUGGAGAGCAGCGGACAGAAGAGCGAAGUGCGUCUUCAUUUCCAGACCAAAGGCCAGCAGACAUACACGGAGAUCUUCCCCUACAUGCUCGCCGACGACCAGUGGCACAAAGUCUCCGUCUCCAUCAGUGCUUCACAUGUGGUGCUCUAUGUCGACUGCAAUAAGAUCUACGAGCGAGUGGUUGCUGUUCCUCUGAUGGCGAUCCCAGAAGACACGUCGUUCUGGGUCGGACAGAGAAACAGCGCUCAUGGCUUAUUCAAGGGAGUGAUGCAAGACGUUCAGAUCCUUGUAAUGCCUCAAGGAUACAUCACGCAAUGCCCCGACCUCAACCGCACCUGUCCAACCUGCAACGACUUCCACGGACUCGUGCAGAAGAUCAUGGAGCUUCAGGACAUCUUGGCAAAAACCUCGAGCAAGCUGUCUCUGGCUGAGGAGAAGAUGAAGGGUCUGGACUCCUGUUACUGCGAGAGGACGUGUCACGUGAAGGGAGUGACCUACAGAGAGGAGCAGACCUGGACCGAUGGCUGCAAGAACUGCACGUGUUCGAAUGGAACGGUCCGCUGUGAGAAGAUUCUGUGCCCCCUGCUCGAGUGUCCUGAUGGUACGACCCCAGGGUAUGUGACAGGAACCUGCUGCAAAGAAUGCCAGUCGAUGUGCUUGUUUUCGGAGCAGACGCUGGUGGAAGGACAACGCUGUUCUGUUCAUCAUCCCACCGCAGGACUCUGCCAGCUGUUUGAAUGCAGGGAUCGUACGAUGCACAGAGUUCCGAGCUCUGAAGACUGUCCGCAGCUCACCUGCGCAGAAUCUGAUCAGAUCACACUGACGGACAGAUGCUGCAGAGUCUGCAGAGGUCACGACUUCUGCGCCGAGGAGAACAUCUGCGCUGAGAACUCGGCCUGCGUGAACUUAGACGCCGGCGCCAGCUGCAGCUGCAAGAACGGUUUCCGGCCGCUGCGCGAGGACAGCGCCUACUGCGAAGGUGAGCCGUCAAGCAAACGAUCCGCCAGAGAGUCCCUUACUGCAGAACACGUGUGACAUUUGCAUGCGCAGACGCUGCGGGAAACCCAUCGUAAUUACAGCGCGCUGGGAACAGGAAUUUAA